CUUCUGCAUCAGUGCCUUUGGCUGGUUUCCUGCAAGCCCCCCCGCUUCAGAAACCUCAGGAUGGCCACGCAGGUGGGCUGUCUUUUGUGAGGUUCUAGUGGAGAGACACUUGGAGGUGGAAUCAUCCUAAUAGAUUUAACAAACUGGUUUUGCAGAAACGUUAUGUGAUAAGAUAAUGUAACCUAUGAAACAUUUAAUCCCAGCUGGCUAAAAUUUUCUGUACAACAUCUAGUGCCCGGGCGAGGAGGUGGGGAGGACAGCUGUGUGCUGCACCAAUGAGACCGGGAAAUUUAGUUUGCUUUUGACAAAGAGAAUUUUAUCAAACCGUUCGUACUUCUUCACAUAACUUUGUCAAGUCUUCAGAAAGUCAGAGUUGCUAGGAUUGGCCGCUGCAUCUUCUCAUGGGAUGGCACCAAGGGAAAACAUGGGGGAGAGUGGGAGGGGAGGAGAGAGGUGAGAGGAAAGCCAAUUUUACCUCCCAAGUCGCGGCGGCAGGGGGCGAGCUCGAACAGCUCCCCGCUCCCGCUCCCGCCGCUUUCUGGGCACGUGACCGCUGUCCAGCCUUCGUGCUUUACGGCCCGUCGCCUGCAGGGGGCAGCGAUUACCAUGGAGACGGGGCUUGGGUGGCGACCGUAACUAGGGAGCCCUUGGAGGAGAAAGCGGCGGCAGCUGGAGGCCGGGAGGUGGACAAGGGGUUCACGCGGCGGGAAGACCCCGGCCUUUGAGGACCAGGGUGGGCGCGCUCUGUGAGUCAGGGGCGGGGGCCCCGGCAAGGAGGGGCCUGGUGCCUCUUGGGGGGCGCUCACCCCACCUGGGCUCGCCCUAGGGCAGCUCCAGGCAGACCUGAGCUGGAGGAAGGGUCCACGCCUGGGCUUUGUGCCCCCACGGACGCACACACCUGCUCCCCGCACCCCCCAUGAGGAAUGUGGCAAAGUUUGGCAGUCGGAAGAGGCUCUGUACUAAGGGCCCUAGACUUGAAAUCUUAGCAAUUUUUCAGAUGGCGGAACUGAACAUUGAGAGGUCUGCUUCUUACUCGCUGUAUGAUCUUGAAUAAGUCACUUCACCUCUCAGAGCUUCAGACUCUUAAGUUUGCUGUAAGAAAUAAACGAGAGAACAUGUUAGGCUUUUUAAUUUUCUAGACUGCUACCAUUUCUCAAGCAGUCUGUGCUGCAACUGGAGCAUUUUACAUAUGUCAUUUCAUCUAAUCUUCACAACACCCCCAGAAUUUAGGGUUAUCAUUUUAAUUUUGCCUGUGAGCAGAUUUAGACUCCGAGGGGUAAAGUGACUUGCCCAAGGUCACAGAGCACCUGAGUGGUGGAACUGGGAUUCAAUGCCAGGAGAGGCUGACUGGAAAGCCAACACUUUUAACCGCUAAGGUACCUGCUUCUUCCCCUAUUCGUAUUAUUAGAACUGUUGCUAAUGCCUGGGUUAUCAUUUUGCUGCCUGUGGGAAUAUGAAUAUAUAUACACUGAGUUAGAGGGCUCUAAAAUUAUCCUCAGAAAGAUGAGGCCCGGGAUCAAUAUUUUUAAAGAUUUGAGACAGGCUUUCCCAGGAGUAUGGCAUUCUUUUUAUUCCCAUGGAAAGGAACAGAGCUGGUAUUGCACAUUUCAUUGAUGGGUUUGUGGACCAGGAAAUCAAAAUGGAAAACAGAGGGCCCUGCUGACUUUUAUGCUCAAAAUUUCUCUAGAGACAUCUCCAAAGAGAAGAAUGUCAGAUGCAGAGGAAAACCCACUGGAAGAAACAGAAGAAUAUGGAGAAAUAGAAAUGGAAGAAGGAGAAGAAGAAGAAGAAGAAGAAGAAGAAGAAGAAGAAGAAGAAGAAGAAGAAGAAGAAAAAUAUCCAAAUGAUGAAGGGCUAGAAAAUAUGCAACAGGAAUUAAAAGAAGAUAACACAUUAGCGUGGAGAGGGUCUCAGGAGGAGGGGGAAGCGGAGGGAGAGGGAGCGGAGGGGAAAGAAGAGGGGGAAGAAUUUGGGAAGGAGGAGGCAGCAGGAGCACAGGAAGAAACCACAGUGAAGCCCCAAGAAAUCACCAAGUCCAUGAUCAGUUUGGAGAGACUUACACCAACUGAUUCCCAAUCAAUCUUGUCAGGAACACUCCCAAAAACCUAUAGUGGUAGAGAGUCAAGGCAUUCAUUACAAUCAGAGCUUUUGGAAACAUUUGAACUUCCAAGCAUGGCCUCGCAAUUAGAGUUUCUUGAUUUGGAUCUAACCACUCCUGCGGGACAACAGCUUAGUUCCCCUGAAAAGCAGCCUUCGGGCGAGCUUGCAGAGAGAACCGACCAGAGGCCCCAAGAUGAAUUGGGACAAGAAAAGAGACACUUGGAACCAGAAAGGGGAGACUUGGAGCCAGAAAAGAGAGAAGGGAGAAAAGAAACAAGAGUAUUAUACGUAAAUGAGAAAAAAGAAAAAGAAUUCCAGCCCAAAGCAAGGAUCCCUAAGGGGUCACUGGUCUCCACUGCCACCGAGGACAUUUUGUUCCAAAAGGAUGACGGUGCCAACGUGUAUCCCUUGGCCAUGACCUGGUUGUUCGGAUGGAACAGUUCCCUUCCUGUUUACUACAUUCAAGAUGAAAACCAGAGAGUUCUUCUGUAUGCCAGUGCUAACACUGCGGUCAUCUACAAUGUCUUCAAGAAUAACCAGCACCAUCUUCAGGGCCACCCCAACGUCAUCUCCUGCCUCUGCAUCAGUGAAGACAGGCGCUGGGUCGCCACGGCUGACAAAGGGCCCGAAUGCCUGAUAAUCAUAUGGGACUGCUUCACGGGCAUUCCUGUGCACACGAUAUUUGACAGCUGCCCAGAAGGUGGCGGCAUCAGGGCCAUGGCCAUCACCCACGAUGCCAAGUACCUGGCGACCAUCUCAGACGCUGAGAUCCAGAAAGUUUGCAUCUGGAGGUGGACUUUAGCGGUGGAAACACCGGCCUGCACUCUUAACCUUCCCAAAGAGUAUGGUUUUCAGAGCUACCUUACUUUUAAUCCAACAAAUAAUAAAGAAUUGGUGAGCAAUAGUAAAACACAAGCAAUAUAUUAUAUGUGGUAUGAAGAGGGAGAUAUACUUGUUCACAGUGCCCCACUUUUAACAGAAAAAACAUUCAACAAGCUCGUGGGAAAAUUUAGCCAGUCAGUCUUUCAUUUGAAUUUAACCCAAAUACUGUCGGCGACAAUGGACGGGAAGCUGGUUGUCUGGGACAUUUACCGCCCACCGCCAUCUGCCUCCACCUCUUUGGGCUUUCCCCACAUCACACCUUGUAAACUGGUUCAUUUGCAGAAGGAGGGUAUCACUGUGCUAACUACAGUUGACAGCUAUGUUGUCACAGGUGACAUUCGGGGUAACAUCAAGUUCUACGAUCACACCCUGUCCAUUGUGAACUGGUACAGCCACUUCAAACUGAGCUCCAUAAGGAGCCUGUCCUUCUCAAAGACCCCGGCAACUCCUCCGACUGAAAAUACAAACUAUCCUCCAGACUACACUUUAAAAGGUGACCUUUUUAUUGUAAGGAAUUUUAUCAUUGGAACGUCGGAUGCGUCAGUGUACCACUUAACAGCAGAUGGGACCAAACUUGAGAAGUUAUUUGUAGAGCCCAAGGAUGCCAUUUGUGCCAUCUCCUGCCACCCGUACCAACCCCUCAUUGCCAUCGGGAGUUUCUGUGGGAUGAUCAAAGUGUGGGAUUAUGAACAGAAAAAAUACCUGUUCAGCAGGAUCUUUGAGAAGGGGCUUGGAGUCCAGAGUCUGACCUACAACCCCGAAGGAGCUCUCCUCGGAGCUGGCUUCACAGAAGGGACCGUUUACAUUCUUGAUGCAAUGUCCUUAGAAAGUGAAACCCCAGAGCCUUUCAAAUAUUCCAGAACCAGUGUGACUCACGUCAGCUUCUCCCAUGACUCCCAGUAUAUGGCGACCGCUGAUGUAAGUUUCACCGUGGCCGUUUACGUGGUGAGAGUCAAAAAUGGACGAAGGGUCUGGGAGUAUUUGGCAAGACUUCGUUCUCAUCGCAAGAGCAUUCGCAGUGUCCUGUUCGGGGUUCAUCUGGACAGCAAUGAGCCGAGACUGCUGAGCCUCGGGAGAGACAGACUCUUGAUCGAGUAUAAUCUACUCAAGAGCUACAAAGACCACCUGGAAGUCCUGGACAUUCAGCGAACCGACCAGGGCAGCUACCCCACCUGUAUGGUCUGGUACCCGCCACUUACCAAGGAGCUCUUCCUGCUCAUUUGCAACAGUGGCUACAAAGUGAAGCUUUUCAAUUCAACCACAAAAAUGUGCAGAAAGACACUCCUCGGGCCAGUUUACGGAUCUCCCAUUGAGCAGAUACAAAUCCUCCCAGUGAAAACCCCUCUAGAACUUCAGAAGCGCUACAUGGUGUUUAUUAACAGGGACAAGGUUGGACUUCAGAUCUUACCAGUUGAUGGCAACCCACAUAAGACAUCUGCUCUUAUAUGCCACCCCAGCGGGGCGGCUGGAAUGGACGUUUCCUAUGACGGCCGCUACACCUUCACAGCAGGAGGGCAGGACCGGUCGGUGGUGCAGUGGGAAAUCAAUUUAAGUGCCCUGGAGGCAGCAGUUUCUCUUGGGGGCGAAGACCUGACCCCAUUCUAUGGUCUGGUGUCUGGUGGCAGGGAAGGAAAAUUCUACAGGGAGCUGGAAGACUAUUUUUACUAUUCUCAGCUCCGUAGUCAAGGUAUUGAUACAAUGGAGACCAGAAAGGUGUCGGAACACAUCUGCCUAUCGGAGCUUCCUUUUGUCAUGAGAGCAAUUGGCUUUUACCCAUCGGAAGAGAAGAUUGAAGAUAUGUUUAAUGAAAUCAGAUUUAGUGAGUAUGUGGACACUGGAAAACUAAUUGACAAAAUCAACCUACCGGAUUUCUUCAAAGUUUACCUUAAUCACAGGCCACCCUUCGGUAACACCAUGAGUGGCAUCCAGCGGAGCUUUGACAUUCUUGGUUUUACCAAUUCAAAGGGAAAGAAAGCGAUUCGAAGAGAGGAUUUUCUGAAACUGCUUCAAACCAAAGGUGAGCACAUGACGGAAGAGGAGAUGUCUGACUGCUUCGCUACACUGUUCGGACUGAAUCCUGAGGGCUGGAAAUCCGAGCCCGCAGCCUCUCCUGUCAAAGGUUCAGAAAUUUGCUUUGAAGAAGAACUUCCAGACGAAAUCACUGCAGAAAUAUUCACGACUCAAAUUCUUGGCCUAACCAUUUCCCAAGAUUCUGGACAAGAUCCUACGGUCAGUGAAGUUGAAAGGAGUGCCUGAAGCACAAAGGACUUUGUGUGUGUGUGUUUUUUCCACAAGGCACUGCUUUUCCCACAUUUCCCUACCCCUACUCUAAUCUUCAGAACGUUUAGACAUUAAAAGCAAAUUUCUGUUAAGCAAUGGAAUUCACAAAGUUGGACAUUCCACUGUUUCUGAAAUAGAAAAGUGGGUGGAGGCAAGAAAAACGAUGGCAGCUGGAUGGAAAGGGUGUCUGGAGACCCCGGCUGCCAUUCUCAUGCCUAAUCCACGGCAGUGCUGCCUGGAGGGGGUUUGGACAGGAUGAGAAGGUGGCGUGGUCCCCGGGGGCAGAAGGGCCCUCAGCCAGCAGCAGGCCUUCCUCGUGGCAAGUGUGGCCUUAUUUCUAUCCCCUCAAGUGGCACCUGGACCCUUAGCCUAACAUGGCCUGAUAUGGGUCAUCCCAGCCUGCUAUUGGGCUGGGGCGGGGGCGUUGGGUGCUCUGGGCUCCCGAGAGCCCCGGCUUGUGGCUUCUUAUGAGCAAAACCCCUGAGCAGUUGUGUGCGACCGUUAUGAAGAGCAUCCCCGGCCAUGCUUAACGCUGGUGGCACCUGCCAGAGAGAAUGCAGAACAGCAGCCCCGGAGCCCUGUGUGUACCGCAGCUGGACCAGAAACGGCCGGCCGGCCUCCCCGGGGCAGAGCUCAGCAGAGGGGAGCCGCCCCCUCACACAGCGCACGCGCCGCAUAGGCCAGCGUGGUUGAUUCGCAGCCUUGAACUCCGCUGGGCUGCAGAACUCGUAGCAGGCGAAAGCAGUUCCCCGGCGCGGCUCGGGAUGUUGAGGGAACGUGACUCAGGCUUCAGCAGCAUUCUGACCUUGAAGAUAGGGUACCCUCGUCAUAUAAACAGAUGGAAGUUAUGGUCUGAUUUUAAGAGUUUUGUCCUCAGUUAUGAGGUCUCACUCAGGCAAAUGGGCCAAAGGUUAUUCUCCACACGUGCUUAGUCCGACACACCCGCUGGCCAGUACCAGCUCCUUCCCCGGAGAAACCAGCCUUUGAGAUGAUGUUUCUGACCCCCGGAGCAGGGGUCUGUGUGAGAGAAACAGAACGGCUGCAGCACCCUCCUCCAGGCACAGAGCCCCCUGCGUGGCGGCCGUUUGGAAACCUGGCUCUGUGGGUCCUUGGGACUGCCUGGAACACAGAACAGAGCCGUAUCCCCCACCGCGGCUGUGUCACCACCGUCUCGGGACAGCCGGCGCCCGCUCGUCACACUGUAUACCUCCAGGACUUUGCAACCUGAUUUACAUUUGGUUCUUUUUGAAAAACACGAAAAGGAAAACAAGCUUUGUGAAUCAGCUUUGCAGCUGCUGAGGGCUUAGGAGAGACAGACUAACAAGCCAGUUAAAAAGUUCCCGGGGACAUGUUAGGGAGCAGAAAACUCUCAAGUGACUUGUUCUCUUCAGAAAAUAACUCAGCAUGGGAUGCACUCUGGACACCCACCAGGGGCUUCUUUCAUCAGGUCCUUUUUGGUUCUUGUUGACGACAUAUAUUGGAGUCAUCGUCUGGAGCAGAACCGGCCCGUGAGCAGUUGGACCUGUGGCGGCGGGGCUGGUGAGUGGGAACCGCCAUCAGGCCCAGGCUGAGCCGCUCGCUCUGUGCUGAGUCGAUAGGGGAAGGGUGAGGGUCAGGGUGGCCGUCCAUCCGGGAAGGCGCAAAUAGCAGGGGACCGCAGCAUCCGUGUCAGCGGCGUUCCCACCCUGCUCCCAGCCCAGCCAGGCCGCAGGCGCCCCUUCUCACCCUUUCUGCUGGUGCUUUUCCUGGGGGAGCUCUCAGCUUGUCCGACCAGGGUGAAGAGCAGCUCAUGUGCACCUUCCAUCCCUGGCGAGGCGUCUUCACCUGCUGGCCACGCAAGUGGUGGCGAGGCCGGGCCCCAGCACCCGGGUCCAGGGCAGGAAGAGGAGGGCUGCCUUCCUGCCCAGAGAGCAGAGAGCUCAGACUCUCCCAGCCAUGUGGGUAGCAGAGCAGCAACACCAGAAAUGGAGGGAGCAGAGACCCAAGACGGACGGUCUCGCUGGGCUUGUACGUCGGACGUAGGGGUGAGACGCUGGACCCCGAAGAGCACCAUGUGAUGUUCUUUUGAAAAAAUAAUACUGUUUCAGAUGGGGCCUCUGGCUACCGACCUCUGCAUCCUGGCCUGUUGCUUCCAGAGUUCAGGAGCCCGUGGAAAAGCCAUGAUUGUCCAGGAACCACCCAAAGCUUCCCCCGCCCCCCACUCUCUCCUCCAGACCCCCAGGCCCCUCCUGGGCAGGAUGAGUGUCUUGUUUGCACAGCACCAGCCCAAGGGCCGGGCCGGCCUGGGCUUGCAUCCUGCCUCUGCCAUUUAGUAGCACCCUGUGUGCCCUUGGGUGUGGCUAAUCUCUUAAACCUCAGUUUCCCCCUGGAACAACUCCUGGGGUGGUGGUGAGGAUUAAAAGAGAUAUUGCAAAUAAAAGUGUUCCUGGCAUAACGUAGUGCUCAAAGUAGGACAGCAGCUAUUAUCACUGCAGGCAGAAACUGUGCCUGAGACUGGGGAAGACGUUUGAUGAGAAUUAAUCUCUCCCGACUCCAGGGUUUUAGCAUCUGUUAAUACUUGCUCAAAUAGGGGUCUCUGCAAGCUUUGACAAAGGACCCUUGAUAAAUAUUUGUGGAACGACUGAAUGAAAGAACGUGAAGCUUCAGUGCUCUUUUAAUAGCUGACUUAGCUUUUGAAUCAAAGUGAAUCCGGCCCCCACAGGCCAUCUGCAUCAGGGUCAGCAGACUCUCUGGAAAGGGCCAGAGGGUAAACAGUGGGGAUCUGUGGGCCGAGUGGGCUGGUGGAUGCCUCACCUCGGCCGUUGGAGCACAAACGCAGCCACACAGACUCUGGUCCAGGAAAGAACGAACGUGGCCCCCUUCCAAUCAAACUUAAUUUGUGGACACUGAAACUAAUUUGGAUUUCAUGAGAAUUUCCACAUACCGUGAAAUCUUAUUCUUCUGAGAUUUUUUUCAACCACUCAAAAAUGUGAAAGCCAGUCUUAGCUUGCGGACCACACGGACACAGCAGCCCGGAUCUGUCCCGCAGGUUGGAGUUUGCUCCACCUUCUAGGCCAGGAUGACUCUUUCCAACGGAGUUUUACAAAUACGACGUAUGUGUAAAACACCUGACUAGUACUCUUCAAAAAAGCCCAGGUCAUGACAAACAAGAAAAGGCUGAGAAACUGUCCCAGGUCGGAGGAGACUAAGGCGACACGAUGAC